AUGACAACACAAAAUCAGUCCCAGAAGAAGAUCAAAAUUUUACAACUUCUUCGCGCGAUUCAAGCCGAACAGCUUUCGAAAUUGCAGCAAAAGUAUCAACUGGAACAAGAUCUCCUUGAAGAUGUCAGAACCUACACAAAGCAGAGGUCCAUGAUCGAGAGAGAUUAUGCACAGGCAUUACAAAAACUCAAUGCCCAAUUUCUUCAGAAGAAAGAGCUGACUGCAGAAGAUUUAACAGGAGAAAAUGGAAACAAAACCCCCCAUGGAGUCUGGAAAUGUUUGCUUGAUGAAUCAGAGAAAAAGGCCAAACAACGGCUGGCCAUGUCAGAAGAACUUCAGGGGCAGAUGGGUGAAAGUAUGAAGACUCUUAAGUCAAACAAAGUGCAAGUUUUUAAGAAGUGUCAAGAACUUACUCAAAAAAUUCAUGAGGAGCUUUUUGAGACUGUGCGUGAAUUAUCCAAAGCUAAAAAGGCUUAUGAGGAAAUGGAAAAGUUGGCCCAGGUAGCACGGGAACAAGCAGCAGAUGCAGAAGACAAGCUUAAAAAGAAAAAUGUGAAGUUUUUCCAGUCCAAGCAAUCAUUGGAGAAAAAUUUAAGCAAGAGCUCCAGUCGACGUGAGAUAUGCGAAAGAAGGACAGCAAUGGCUAGAAACGACUACAUCCUAUCACUUGCUACAGCUAAUGCACACAUGACAAGAUACUUCUGCAAGGAUUUACAAGAAAUAAUGUCUACACUAGAAGGGGAUUUGUUUGACCAAAUGAGGGGAUUCCUCACUACUCUUGGCCAAGUUGAAGUAGAUGCAAGUAGGGCUGCAAUAACAGGUUUUGAAACUGUGGUCUCUAAUGCCAAAACAAUAAACAGAGAUAUAUCUCUUCAAUCAUUUUUAACAAAAAACAAAGUAUUUUCAGAAGUUGUUCAAUAUGAAUUUGAAUCCUGCAAAAAUGAUAAGGUAAGACAGCUAACACUUGAAAAAAAUGCUGGCCUUGCACUCAACAAAGAUGCAAGAAAGUUGGCUAUGAGACUAGCAAAGGAUCAGAUGGCCUUGAAGACAAAGGUCAAGCAACUCCAAGCUGUUAAAAAUGGUGAAGAUGCAACCUUGCAAUCUGCGGGAGAAGGAAAUCAAGAGGUUGAACAGAGUCCAGAGAUGCUGAAGGAGAGUAUUAGACUAAUUGAGACAAGCAAGUUAAAAACAGAGGCAUGUUUGGAAGUCUUGCGAGAGGCUGGAGUUAAUGUGGAUGAAUGGAUGAAGAGUGCUAAUUCAUUGUCUCCAAAUGACAUGGAUACUGAUUUUCUUGGAAGUGACAACUCUUUGAACUCAUUCAAUGAUGAUUUUGGUGACACAUUUGAUGAUGAUUGGGAAGAUCUUGACGACAAUUUCACAGCAGAUGACUCAUCAGAUGAAGAUGCACAAAGUGUCUCAUCCAACUGCUCUAUCCCACUUUCUUGCAUUGCCUUGUACAACUAUGAGGCAACAGAUUCUGAUGAACUGUCCAUUACAGAGGGAGAGGAACUAGAAAUCUUAGAAAAAGAUGGUGAUGGGUGGUGCAAGGGUAGAAACAAAACAGGCAAAGUAGGAUAUUUCCCUGAGUCAUAUGUUGAAGUUGGAUCAACAGCCAAUAAUUCUGCCAAUCAGAUCACAGCUGGUAGCUCUCACACAGAUGGCCAUCAUCAACUGGAUGGGUCACCAUCUAGUGUUUCAAGCCUAGCACAAGCACUGUCUGCCUCAACAGCAAAAAAAUAUGCUUGUUACGUCAGAGCAUUAUAUGAUUAUGAGGCAAUGAGUGACGAGGAGCUAUCAUUCAAAGAAGGUGAUAUCAUUGGAGUGUUACAGAAAGAUGACAACAAUGUUGAUGAUGGAUUCUGGUAUGGUGAGUUCCAGGGAAGGAAGGGUGUUUUUCCAUCCCUUGUGGUGGAAGACUUACCAGAUGGAUUCCAAACAACAGACACAAACAUGAAUGUAACAGACUCCUUGCCAACAACUUCAUCCAGUAACACUAGAGCUGGAGAUUAUGUAACAUUGCCAUUAGAGUACAAGGCUAGUACUGCACCAUCUGUGCUAAGUGCAUUACAACCUGUGAGAAAAGCCCCACCACCCCCUACUGCUUCUCCGCAAAUCCCAAGGAGCACAACUAUGGCCACUGGAGGUGGGAGAGCUUUACUACCACCUACUGAUCGCCAAAGAGCAAGAACUGAGAAUUCUACUUCUAUGAAAAAACCAGAUACUUCAGCUUUUUCAAAGAGUUUGUCACAGAAUCCAUCACUUCAGUCAAAACUGUAUGAAAAUAUAAAUCAGUUGGCACCUUCCUCAUCAAAGCCUCCUGAUUAUGUCAAUGUCACAGAUCUUCCAUCAGCAAGAAGGAAUGGUCCAUCCUCAUCAGGAAAUAGUUCUCUAAGUGCCCCUAAGCCUAUGGCCAGAUCUCGUCGACCAGCCCCACCCCCAAAGCCUCCUCCACCAACUGCUGCCAGCAGAUCUGUACACAGAUCACAAUCUUAUGUUUAAAAUUUUUCAUCUUGAGAGAGAUAAAACUGGCCUCUUCGAGGUUUCCAAAGGAGAAGGCAACUGUUGAUCUUAA